AUGCACCCACGAGAUCCGCGAAUCCGACAGACUAUCAACCAAAUAUCUCAGAACCUUGAAUCAGCAAACGAAACCGCCCAGGAGGGGAUCUACGCAUUUUCACACAACUAUCUUGUUCCAUGUUUUGCCAGUAUACGCCACUGUUUAGGGGCUUGUACUUCUCCAUGUUUUCCUAACCGCGACGAUCAACUGCGUCGCCGGAAGCGCGGGGUGACAAGAGGACGAGCAGAACUCAAUUUUGACUUCUAUGAUGACUGGGAUUAUGAUGAGGAUGUUAUGGGUGACAGACCACUGGGCUGGGGCACAGAUGAACUUGAUAGACUCUUGGCUGGAGGUAGUAUCACUUGUGAUCAACCUCUCAUGAAUCGUCGUCUGAGCUAUGGCGCUCGUGGUGGACGGAGGAAGAGCUCUGCCAUUCAGCAAGAUGACAGGCAAGAUCCUACUGUCAUUCCAAGCUCCUCAUUUCUUGGGUUUCUAGAACGACUCCCUUGGCGUAUGGGGCAUCGAGGGUUAAAGUAUCGACCAUCGCCAGCCGAUUUACAAGAAAAUCCCGGCGGCCUUAAGCGAAAUUCCCUCGAAACUGAGCCUCUUUUAGAAAGGAACGAGGAAAGUGACGGAGAGGCACAAAAAUCAGAUAAUCCCGAUGGAGGAACCCGUCAACGCAGUAACACGCAAUCUUCACAGGACACUAACACGUCGCUAAGCUCACGAGGUGAUCUUAUACUCGGUGAUGAGGAAGAGGAUGCUGUCCCUCUAGGUGAUGAAUUCGCAAUGGCGCUAGAGCGAAGAUCGACUAUCUCCGGGGAUGACUCUGCUUUGCCGCGGCGGUCUGUGUCGGGUACAUCUAUAUCUAAAGAGUCAGGCCAAAGGAACAAGGGAAAAGGGAAACGUAGAAGGUAUACGACUAUUUCGAAGAAUUCCGCUCAGUCUUCAUCCGGGGGCGAUGUACUCGAACCUACCGCCCUCGUCCCCACAAUGGCGGAUCUAAAACUGGAAGAAGAGCAAGCACGACGGGAUGAGGAGAUGGAGAUUGGCCGGAAACGGCAAGCUGCUCUGAACCUUGCUCGCCAGAGAGGCUUGAGCAUUAGUGAAGCUGACUCCAAGGCCGCCCCUGUCCCGAAACUGAACGGUACUUUGCAACGAGACAAUUAUGCUGACCAAUGCAAAAAUAAUCACACUUCUGUGACACAGCCACUCUCGGGGUCUUCCCUACAAGAAACGCUCGCAAUCCACGACACGGAGACGAUACCCGAAUUGCCUGACGUUUCCAAGGCAAAGUGA